AUGCAGGAGCAGAGGUUGCACUGUCCUGGGCUACCAGUCCUCUCUGCUGUGUGCGUCCUCGGUUCCCCUGCGCCUUUAGCUGUCCUCUCGGGUAGACUGGUCCUCUGCGUUGCUGUGGAAGGAGCCACGGUCCUCCCUAUGCUCGCACCGCUGCUCCACGUCUCUGCUCCUGCAGUUCCCAGGCCGCUGCACGUCGACGGUCCACUGUCCCCCGACCGCUGUGGAGAGGACCGGGUGGAGGCUCUAGUUGGAGCUGUGGAGCCACAGGUGGAGGCUCUGGUUGGAGCUGUGGAGCCAGUGGUGGAGGUUCUGGCUGGAGCUGAGGAGCUACAGAUUGAAGUUCUAGUUGGAGCAGUGGAGCCAGUGGUGGAGGCUCUGGCUGGAGCUGUGGAGCUACAGGUGGAGGCUCUAGUUGGAGCUGUGGAGCUACAAGUGGAGGCUCUGGUUGGAGCUGUGGAGCUACAGGUGGAGGCUCUAGUUGGAGCUGUGGAGCUACAAGUGGAGGCUCUGGUUGGAGCUGUGGAGCCAGUAGUCGAGGUUUUGGCUGGAGCUGAGGAGCUACAGGUGGAGGCUCUGGUUGGAGCUGUGGAGCUACAGGUGGAGGCUCUGGUUGGAGCUGUGGAGCUACAGAUGGAGGCUCUGGUUGGAGCUGUGGAGCUACAGAUGGAGGCUCUAGUUGGAGCUGUGGAGCUACAGGUGGAGGCUCUGGUUGGAGCUGUGGAGCCAGCAGUCGAGGUUUUGGCUGGAGCUGUGGAGCUACAAGUGGAGGCUCUGGUUGGAGCUGUGGAGCUACAGAUGGAGGCUCUGGUUGGAGCUGUGGAGCCAGUAGUCGAGGUUUUGGCUGGAGCUGUGGAGCUACAGAUGGAGGCUCUGGUUGGAGCUGUGGAGCCAGUAGUCGAGGUUUUGGCUGGAGCUGUGGAGCUACAGGUGGAGGCUCUAGUUGGAGCUGUGGAGCUACAGGUGGAGGCUCUAGUUGGAGCUGUGGAGCUACAGGUGGAGGCUCUGGUUGUAGCUGUGGAGCUACAAGUGGAGGCUCUGGUUGGAGCUGUGGAGCCAGUAGUCGAGGUUUUGGCUGGAGCUGUGGAGCUACAGGUGGAGGCUCUGGUUGGAGCUGUGGAGCUACAGGUGGAGGCUCUAGUUGGAGCUGUGGAGCUACAGGUGGAGGCUCUGGUUGGAGCUGUGGAGCUACAGGUGGAGGCUCUGGUUGGAGCUGUGGAGCUACAGGUGGAGGCUCUGGUUGGAGCUGUGGAGCUACAGGUGGAGGCUCUAGUUGGAGCUGUGGAGCUACAGGUGGAGGCUCUAGUUGGAGCUGUGGAGCUACAGGUGGAGGCUCUGGUUGGAGCUGUGGAGCCAGUAGUCGAGGUUUUGGCUGGAGCUGUGGAGCUACAGGUGGAGGCUCUGGCUGGAGCUGUGGAAGAAGCUUUAUGGUGCUUCCAGUUUUUGAAGAUUGCUCCAAAGCGUAAGCCUCAAGUGAGUGGACUUGCAGAUGAAGUGAAAAAUGGAUACGGAGGAGCGGAGGCCCUCUGUGAUGAUCCACAAACUCAAAGUAUGGCGGACAUAGCAAACUUGCUUCAGGGCUUGGUGAGGAAGCAAACUGAGCACGAUGCAAAAUGGGAGCAGGAAAAGCUACAGCAGGAGAACCGGUGGCAGUCCAUGGAGCGCCGGGUGGACCAGCUUCAGUAG